UAUGAGGAUCCUGCACAAAGCUGCUCCUCGCACUGCAGCUGGGAGCCGUUUUUGUACGUAGAGUUUUUUUUAUUGAUGUCAAAUUCUCUGGAAGUUUUGGGGAUGUUUUUUUAAAUUGUUGUGAGUAGGAUGCGAUUCAAUCUCUCUCCGUGUGUGCUGCUCUGUGCAGCAGCCCUGACCCUCUCCGGAGCUUCGGGUGAAGAUGAGGACAGCCGGGUGCACAGGUGGACCAGGCAGCGCCUCCCGGUGCUGCUGGACACGCACACAGAGCCUCUGGGGACGCCUGGGUUCAGCCGGCAGGAGGAGGAGGAGGAGAGAAGCUGGCCAGAGACACUCUGCGGUAUAGAGUGCCAAAGCAGCCUGCCGCCCCUGGACCGCAGCGAGCAAGAGAGGAUUCUGGGAUAUGAGACCAUGCACGCCAACGGCGCGCGCACUCGCACGGAUGUCAGUUUGCAGGGCUUUAACGAGACCUCUGCGGGGCCGCCGGCCCGUGCGCCAGCUCGCGUCCGCACGAGACGACAGGUUUAUGGGGCGGAUGGGCGAUUUGUCAUCUCUGAUUCGCGUUUCAUCACAAACUACCCUUUCUCUACCGCCGUGCGCCUCUCCACGGGCUGCUCCGGAGUCCUAAUAUCCCCCAAACACAUGCUGACAGCGGCACACUGCAUCCACAAUGGGAGGGACUACCUGGAGGGUACCAGAAGCCUCAGAGUAGGGGUGAUGCAGCUGAGGACGACGGGUGGGAGGAGAGGAGGGAGGCGGAAGGGCGGCAGGAAAGAAGCAGGGCAGAGAGCUGAGGAGCGGAUCCAGGAGGAAAGGGAGGAGCCGAAUAGCCUGGAUGGAGAUGCGCUGACGGGGAGACGGGGAGGCAAAGGCAGGAGGCGCGGGGGAGGGAACCACGAGGGGGAGGAUGAAGCCGGUCGUGGUAGCGCUGGAGGCCUCAAGGGAGAAGGAGCAGCAGGGAAACCGAAAAGCACCACCCGUGUGCCGCGUAGUGCUGAGCCCGGGAAGCGGCCCGCCUUCCGUUGGGCCCGGGUCAGACGGACUAGAGUCCCUCAAGGAUGGAUCCACGGCAGCAGCUCCACGCGCUCGGUGUCCGCCGACUACGAUUACGCUCUCCUGGAGCUCAAGCGGCCCCUCGGGAAAAAGCACAUGGUGCUCGGAGUGGCCCCCUCUGAAGGCCCCCCUGCACGGGUCCACUUCUCGGGCUAUGACGCUGACAAAAGCCCGCCGGAUGGGAGCGGCGACGAGAAGGUGGUUUACCGGUUUUGUUCGGUGUCCGACCAGUCGGACCACUUGAUGUACCAGCGCUGUGACGCUCAGCCGGGCGCCGCAGGUGCAGGUGUUUACCUGCGCCUGAGGCAGGAAGUGGGAAAGGGCGGCGGGAAAGGGAAGUGGCAGCGGAGGGUGGUUGGGGUGUUUUCAGGCCACCGCUGGGUGGAGGCGGAGGGAGGUGGGCGGAGGGACUUCAACGUCGCAGUGAGGAUCACCCCAGCCAAAUAUGCGCAGAUCUGUCACUGGAUCCAUGGAGAUCCAGAGCUCUGUGAAGAGGUUUGACUGCUCUUUGGGGGCCCGUCUGGGCCUGUGUGUAUAACUAAAGAGUAUUAGGAGCAGUUCUCAACUUUUUGAAAGUUGAAAGUUCUUUGGUAGAAAAAAGGACCCAGAAGCUUAAUGGAAAAAAGCAAGUGUGCGUGCAGAGUACAGGUGUGAGUGCCGACUGCGGUCGUAGUCAUGUCCAUACAAAGUUCACUUCCUCAAUGCACUUAAACAGCCAAUAACCCUUCUCGAAAGGUUAUGCGUCUUGGCUGCAAAAAAACAUGAAUGUUGUGCUGUUUGGGAUAUUUUGGCAAUCUGAAAUCAGAAUGUGUUGACAAUUUUGUGUUAUGUUGAGGCAUCUGUCGCGCUCCCAUUGUUUGUAAUAGAACUUUUUUUUCUUCACAUAUUAUAAGGACAUUACAAAUAAAAUGUCCCCAAAAUUAAAACUGUUUACCCACUGCCUCUGGCAAGUCACACCUUGCUAAUGUUUUAACACACCAGCUGUUAUUCUUAACUGUAACAACAAGAGCAAAACACUUAAUUAAACUAACACUGUAAUAAUGAGAAGGAUAAGAAAAUGAUUGCUCUAUUAAAAAUUAGUAAAACAAACUUUACUUUUCUUUAUUACUUCAUGUUAAAGAAAUACUAAGUGUACUCUACACAACACACCAUAUAUGUGUUGUCAUAUAUGGGAUGUUCAUACAAUCUUGUAUUAUUAUUGUGUUUGAUGAUGAACAGAAAUCUGUAUGCCACAACUGAUUUUGCACCA